AUGUCGGUCGCUCAUACGCCGUCGCAGAUGCGUCAACAACGCUACCCGCUCGACACUCCCACCCCGGCGUCCUCCUCGGGUCAUCACUCGACCCUCAUCACCUCGCUCAAGCCAUCCAGGUCCCGCUCCAACCUCUCGUCCGAGAUCAAGCGUGCCAUAUCCCAGCAUGCCCAGCCACCCGUGAACCGCACCGCUUUCGGAAACCUCAACGGUCGAUUCGCCGCUGCGCCGCCCCCUUCGUCCAGUCCCGCCUACGCCUCGGUCCCUCGUGUGAUCGAGGAAGAGGGCGGCAUCCUCACCGACAACACCGAGCGCGAACGUCUCGACCUCGAGAACGAAAUCAGGCUCGGUAUGGGCGAGCUCAACCGUCAGGCUGGUGGUCUCCGAUCUGGUGCAUCCUCAUCGGGCGAUUCGAUCGGCUAUGGUGAUCUCUCGGAUGAUCACGAGCAAGCCCAUGGCGGUCUCCGACAGCAAACGUCGACUUUGCCUCGUCAACGUCACCACCAACAGCACCAGGGGCUGCGAGCGAGGAUUGAGGACGAAUCGUCCGGCGCAGAAGACAACGGCGAGUCGUCCGAUCCUACCAUCGGCGACGAUUUCUCGCUCAGGAUCGGACUGGCCGGGAAUCGAGCCAGCUCAGCAGCGGCUCAUUCUGCGAUGCCAACCGGGUCUGCCAUCCGUGCAGCGGCCCGCGCACUCGAUCAGGAUGAUCUCACCUUCACGGGCAUGCAGAGAUCACCUGCUGCUUCACCUCCUUACGCUCGAGCGGCUGCCUCGGCACGCCCUCCUCCGACCGAUGAGAACCGACCCCCUGUCACCGCUGCUGGGCCCUCUGCCUCCUUCAUGCCCGCUGCGUCCAAGACUUUCCCGUUGCGGUCGCCUUCCAAUAUCAAAAACGCCGCAUCUCGAGCCAGUGCGAUCCAUUCCUUCUCGCCCAAGAUGGGUCCGACCUACGGCAAUCGCUCGAGAGUUCCUUCUUCGACGCCUCACUUUAGCGAGCCAUCGCAUCGCUUGCCUGAUGUGACGGGUCUGACUGAUGGUCUGACGAGCCCGGCUAGGUCGAGGAAUCAGCAUAUGGCUGCUCCUGUGCCGAGAAGGCCAAACUCUGCUCAAGCUGUCGGAAGUGAAGGUAAGAGAACGUCAGCUUGGCUGGCCUUGCAGUUCACGAGUGUUCAGCGACUGAUCUUGCCGUCGAAACUGGAACCCUGGACCCAACAGCCACCGCCGUCGCGAACGCCAUCGACGAUUUGCGUUCUCGAUUGCAAGACGCCGAAGCGGCGAACGCUCAACUCAUGCGAGCCUUGGCGGAGAAAGACCAACCCCCCGCCGUCGAAGUCCGACGCGCCUCGCCCGCUUUCGUCCAAGCACCAGCGCAAAGUUCGCCCGGAUUGACUCGCCGAGAAGUCGAGGACAUGUUCCUGCGCCGUGAUCAGGAAUCGACCCUUCGAGCCCGUUUGACCCAACUCGAACGCCAAGUCACUUCUCAUGAGAUCGCGAUCGCUCAACUUCGUGCUCUUCCCCGUGUCAAUGAGCAUGAUCGACAACGCGUGAGCGAGUUGAACGAAAGGCUCAAGACGAUGUUGACCGAGACGAACGUGGUCAAAAAUGCCGUAGAAGAGUUGUUGCACGACAAGCUGGUCAAGGAACAGUGGGAACGGGAGGAGAUGAGUCGGAAGAGAGAGAUGGAAGGACAUCAUAUGAGGACUGGAGGAUCUACGCCACCGCCGGGUCAGAUGGCGGCUACAGCCAAUGUCGACCCGGAUCGUACCCCUCGUGCUCAGAGGACGACGCAUCGUUGGGCCGCUGAACCGACAACGAUCCCACCACCGCAACCCAUCAUCCGACCCGCGACGGCGCCCCCACGUCAACCCGUUCAUGCAUGUGCCGCACCCGCUCCUGCUCCUGCCCCGGCCCCCAACGCGGCUCCUGUGCACGCGCGCGCGGCUCCCCAACCCACGCACAACGACGCAGCAUAUGACGAGUCCUACGUUUCUACAGCGGAUUCCUCAAUCGCCGCCAACGAUUCCGCUUCCACCGCUGCUUCCUCCCCGAUGCUCGAACCCGACUUCCGCCGCGCCGAAGCCUUAUUCGAAUCCAUGUCGAUGCAAGACCCGUCCAAGAGGAGGAAGAACAUUUGCAAGCUCUGUGGGAACGGGUUGAAGAAGAAAAAGGCACAGGGUCCGAGGAGGCCAGGGAAUUUGGGCGUUGGUGGGAAUGCGAACGAGAAGGAAUUGGGAGGUACGGGUCCAAACAUGCAAACUGCUGUUCCUGCAGCAGUGCCGGCGGUCGACCAUAAGCUGGAAUUGAGGUCUACGUUGGAAAAAAUGGAACAGGCGUUCGCGGUGCAAAAACAGUAAGUUUCUCUAAAAACUCGUUACAUCGAUUCAGACAUCUUACCCUACCAGUUCCUUCGGGUCUUCAGAUUGUACAUCGAGUUAUCGGAGCAAUAUCGAGCCAUGGAUUCACGCGUCUCGGACGGGCGCCGAAGGAUGUUGGCGACCCACCUCAAGGACAGCAUCGACGUGCUCGAGACCAUGGCCGAGGAAAUUCAGAAAUUCGAUGCUUGCUUUCAGUGAGUGAUCUCUCCCUUCCCAGGAGUCGAAUACUGUUCGGUGGGUUCUGAUCGUCGUGGCGACGUUCUUCUUCCGCAGUCGAUUCACCACGAGCCAAGGGCACGGCAGGAUGAGGGAAGGUGUCAUCUAA